GGGAGGAGCCGCCGCAGGAGCAGGACUACAUCCGCCGCGGCGUCUCCAUGGCACGACCCUGGCCGCCGAUUUCAACGACUUCAUAAGAAGGCGUUUCUGGGCUCAGCCGUGUCGCUCCUGGACAGUUGCUGUGCGACUUGGACAGUAGAGAGGAGCGCCUCCCAAGUUUUCAUCCACCUGCUACCCCCAAAGCUUCCACCCUCCUCCCCUCAGAGAGGACGUUUGAUGCCGGGCCCCUGAGAGUCUCAUUGACAAGCCCCUCUGGGUCCCCCUGAACAGAGCCCACCUUUGCGGCUUUGAUGCCUAGUCAUGUCUGCCUCAUCCUCGGGCGGCUCCCCCAGGUUUCCAUCGUGUGGGAAGAACGGAGUAACAAGUCUCACGCAGAAAAAGGUCUUGAGGACACCCUGCGGCGUACCCAGUGUGACUGUGACGAAAUCUCAUAAGCGCGGAAUGAAAGGGGACACCGUGAACGUGCGGCGGAGUGUCCGGGUGAAAACCAAGAAUCCACCUCACUGCCUGGAGAUCACGCCCCCGUCCUCAGAAAAGCUGGUCUCGGUGAUGCGGCUAAGUGACCUCUCUACCGAAGAUGACAACUCAGGUCACUGCAAAAUGAACCGUUAUGACAAGAAGAUUGACAGUCUUAUGAACGCGGUUGGUUGUCUCAAAUCUGAGGUCAAGAUGCAGAAGGACGAGCGCCAGAUGGCCAAAAGGUUCCUGGAGGAGCGGAAGGAGGAGCUGGAGGAGGUGGCCCAGGAGCUGGCCGAGACCGAGCACGAGAACAACGUGCUGAGACACAACAUCGAGCGCAUCAAGGAGGAGAAGGACUACACCCUGCUCCAGAAGAAACACCUCCAGCAGGAGAAGGAGUGCCUCAUGUCCAAGCUGGUAGAGGCUGAGAUGGACGGGGCUGCCGCUGCCAAGCAAGUCAUGGCCUUGAAGGACACCAUCGGAAAGCUGAAGACGGAGAAACAAAUGACCUGCUCGGACAUCAACACCCUGACGAGGCAGAAGGAACUUCUCUUGCAGAAGCUGAGCACGUUUGAGGAGACCAACCGCACCCUCCGAGACCUGCUGAGGGAGCAGCACUCCAAAGAGGAUUCCGGCAGGAUGAUGGAGCAGCAGGGGGCCCUUCUGAAACGGCUGGCAGAGGCAGACUCCGAGAAAGCGCGGCUGCUGUUACUCCUGCAAGAUAAGGACAAGGAGUUGGAAGAGCUCCUCCAGGAAAUACAGUGUGAGAAGGCUCAAGCCAAGACAGCAUCCGAGCUCUCUAAGUCCAUGGAGACCAUGCGUGGGCACUUGCAGGCACAGCUUCGGUGCAAAGAGGCAGAGAACAGUCGCCUGUGCAUGCAGAUCAAGAACCUGGAGCGCACUGGGAACCAGCACAAGGCGGAAGUGGAGGCCAUCAUGGAGCAGCUGAAGGAACUGAAGCAAAAGGGAGACCGAGACAAAGAGUCCUUGAAGAAGGCCAUCCGAGCCCAGAAGGAACGCGCCGAGAAGAGCGAGGAGUACGCCGAGCAGCUGCACGUGCAACUUGCCGACAAGGAUCUGUAUGUCGCUGAAGCUUUGUCCACUCUGGAAUCAUGGAGGAGCCGCUACAACCAAGUUGUGAAAGACAAGGGGGACCUCGAGCUGGAAAUUAUUGUCCUGAACGACCGAGUGACAGAUCUCGUAAACCAACAGCAAACCUUGGAGGAGAAGAUGCGGGAAGACCGGGACAGCCUGGUGGAGAGACUGCACCGGCAGACCGCCGAGUAUUCCGCAUUCAAGCUGGAGAACGAGAGGCUGAAGGCCAGCUUUGCUCCGAUGGAGGACAAACUCAAUCAGGCGCACCUCGAGGUCCAGCAGCUGAAGGCAUCGGUUAAGAAUUACGAAGGGAUGAUUGACAACUAUAAGAGUCAGGUGAUGAAGACCAGACUGGAGGCUGACGAAGUGGCUGCCCAGCUGGAACGCUGCGACAAAGAGAACAAGAUGCUUAAAGAUGAGAUGAACAAAGAGAUUGAAGCGGCUCGGAGGCAGUUCCAGUCCCAGCUGGCUGACCUGCAGCAGCUGCCUGACAUCCUCAAGAUCACGGAGGCGAAGCUGGCAGAGUGCCAAGACCAGCUGCAGGGCUACGAGAGGAAGAACAUCGACCUCACAGCCAUCAUAUCAGACCUGCGCAGCCGGAUCGAACAUCAGGGGGACAAGCUGGAGAUGGCAAGAGAGAAACACCAGGCCUCCCAGAAGGAAAAUAAACAGCUGAGUCUGAAGGUGGAUGAACUGGAGAGGAAACUGGAGGCGACCAGCGCCCAGAACAUCGAGUUCCUACAGGUGAUCGCCAAGAGGGAGGAGGCCAUCCACCAGUCCCAGCUGCGGCUGGAGGAGAAAACUCGAGAAUGCGGGGCGCUGGCAAGACAGCUGGAGAGCGCCAUCGAAGACGCCAGGAGGCAGGUGGACCAAACCAAGGAGCACGCAGCUUCCAAGGAACGAGCAGCCCAGAACAAAAUCCUGGACCUUGAGACGCAGCUGAGCAGGACCAAAACGGAGCUGAGCCAGCUGCGGCGGAGCCGUGAGGACGCCGACCGCCGCUACCAGAGCCGGCUGCAGGACCUGAAGGACCGCCUGGAGCAGUCGGAGAGCACCAACCGCAGCAUGCAGAACUACGUCCAGUUCCUCAAGUCGUCCUACGCCAACGUGUUCGGGGACAGCCCUUACGCUCCCUACCUGACCAGCUCCCCCAUCCGCUCCAGGUCUCCUCCCGCCUGAGGCCGCCCGCCUGGGGCCUGGGGCCUGGAGCCCGGACCGAGGCCGCGGGAACUGACAAGUCGCCAAGCCAUACCCGGAAAGCCCACGUGUGGCUUUCCCGUCUCUUCCAGUGCUGAAGUGCGCUCAGGAUCUUGUCCUUAGCCACUGGCUCCACGGAAGUCCCUAAAGCAGGAGGGACGAAGAAGCAGGAACCACUGUCUCCUCUUUCCGCUAGAGGUGCCCAAUGGAAGUUUUCGACGUCCGUGCCAGGCCUUACUCCCAAAUCCACUGCGAUGAGGGAACCAGAUUUUAACUCACCGUAGCUUUGCCCGUACCUUUCCAGAGAGAAUGUUUGGACUGGACUGGACUUCUUCCUCCAGUCCCGUUAUGGCCCUCUUUCUAGAAAUAUCUUUCUUAAGUAUUCUGAGGUCCUCGCCACGCGUCCUGGGCCGGGAGCACGGUCGCUUCCUCUCUUCCUUACCCCGUGGGUGCCGUGUUUUCCCCAAGCCCAGGGGUGGCCUCUCACACCCGAGUUCCCGCGAGGCCACUCGCUCCCACGCACUUCACGGCAGACGCACAAGGGCUCACGUGCAGUUGGCCUUCGGAAAGGGUAAUCCCAGGAUCGUUGAUUUUUGUUUCUCUUUGCCAGGUUUGUAGCCGAGAAAUGCAUUUAUCUUUGAAAUAUUUGUGUUGUUUUACAAAAAGCUUUUCUAGUCAAUAUUUAAGAGUCCGUGGAUGAUUUUCUUUACCCACCCCCCCCGCCCCGCUUCUAAAAACGAUUAAGUAAAACGUUGCAAGGGAGCCCGUAGACAUUUGUAAAGUACUUGGUGCACGGAACAUGAGGUUUUUCUUUUCAUUUUGGCCCAGUGUCGUCUUUGUGGGCGUUCCUCGAAAUGACGGGGGUGGGCAUUGCUCAUCCUUGAGGGGAAGAUCACUUUAGCUGGUGGGAAGAAGAUAUGUGUAUACGUUACCGUUUUUAAAAUGUUAAUUGGUUUGCGAAUGAUGCAUUGGCUAUUUUUGUUCUCUUCACAUUUUCUUGUAUUUAAAAGAAAGAGAAAGAAACAAAUUUUUUCCC